AUGAAAGGCACUAUUGUGCUAAGUGCCAAGAAAUUGUACGUAUACAAUGGGAGGGUAACGAAUCCACUCUGCUUCCUGAUUAGAUCAAACAAGCGUUUUGAUAUUCAUGUAAGAAAAAAGUUGGAUUUAAUUCGCGCAGAAGAAAAUACUGUGGGGAGAUAUUACACUACUAGUAAAAAAGAGGAACACAAUGUGAUGAAAAAAAAAAGUGUUUUCUUAACAUGGAGAUGCUUAGCUUUGAAUGUAGCAUUAUCAGGACCCAUUUUAUAUUUCUACAUGUCUCAAUGUGAAAAGAGGAAAGGAAAAGGACAUGUUGGAAUAACAACAGUAGAGAAUAUUGGAAAACCGUUGAUAGGAGGAGAUUUUACUUUAUUUAAUCAUAAUGGGCAAGUAGUAACAAAUAAAUAUUUUAAGAAUAAAUUCUGUUUGAUUUAUUUCGGGUUCACGUACUGUCCAGAUAUAUGUCCUCAAGAAUUAGAAAAACAAACCAUCGUUAUAGAAAAAAUAGGGAAAAAAUAUGGAGAUAUAAUAACACCUGUUUUCAUUUCAGUUGAUCCUAAUCGAGAUACCCUAGCACAAGUAAAACAUUACUGCAGUUCUUUUAGUGAUAAAUUAGUAGGUCUAACGGGCACUAAGGAACAAAUUAAAAAUGUCGCCAAACUAUUUCGUGUAUAUUAUAAUGAACAUAUUGCAAAUGAUCAGAAUACCAAGACAGAUGAUGAAAAUACAGAUUCUCCACUAGUCAACAAAAACAAUUAUCUAAUUGACCAUUCUAUCAUCCAUUACUUGUUAGAUGGAGAUGGAAAAUUUGUCGAUUUUUUUGGAAAAAAUUGCACCAUCAAUGAAAUGGUUGACAAAAUAUCUCAUUACAUUGAUUUGCAUUUACAGAAUGGUCUCAAAAUGGAGGGUUAUAGCAAGGGAGGUUGA